AUGUCGUCGAAUGUUGUUGACACAAAAUUUUUGCUUAAUAAUUAAAAAAUUAACAUUUAUGUUUGAUUGAUGUUCAUUUAUUUUCAUUUUAUUUAGGUGUAUAUAUAUAUAUAUAUUGAUUUGAAUUGUUUUGAAAAAUAGAAACCAAAAAAUGCCAAAUAUCGUUAAUAAUUCCCAGGAAGGGAAAAAAUUGAAUUCCUCUGAUGUUGCCUCGGAAUUUGAAUCGUUAAAAAUUUCCGUUUUACAAAAAGCAAAACGCGUCUCAUUGGGAAAUCAAAAUCAAGUGACAAUUGGUCCAAAUUCAACAUUUUCCUAUGACGAUAUCAAUGAUUUGGAAAAAAAGGAAAAUAUCCAAAAUUCCUGUAAUAUUCAUGAAGAUGAGAAAAAUAAAAUAAUAACAGAAAAUUAUAAUCAUAUAUCAACGCGUAAUAGUAUUACAUUUUCAAUUAAAAAAAUUCUUUAUGAAAAUGAACUUCAACGAAAAGAACUUGUUCGACAAAAAAUGCGUAAACGCAUCGAAGAAAUGGAACGUUCAUUGAGUGCAUCGCGAAAAGAAAUUGAAAUUUAUCAUUCAAUAUUAUCGGUGCAACGUGAACAAGUGAGAAAAGAUGAACUUUCACGUUUAGAAGCCGAAGAGGAACGACAAGCACAACAAAUGGAAUUACGUCGUAAACAUGAACAACAAUUAUUGGCGCAAAGAAUUAAAGAACAAAAGGAAAAACUUGAACGCGACGCUGAGGAGGAGAGAAAAAAAAUUAAAGAACAAGAAGAAAUGAUAAUGAUACAAAAUAAUUUUCAUGAGAAAUUUCGUGAUUUUGAAUUAUUAACAAAUUCAUGUAAGGAAAAAUAUAUUAUUGAGCCUUAUAUUGAAAAAAUUCAUGAAUUUCGCAAUCAUAUGGAAACAAUUGGCAGUGCAGCGAGGGCCGGAAGACUUACAGUAACAGAUUUUGAAUUUGCAAAAAUAACCGUACAAAAUAUUGAAGAAGUAUUGCGUCAUUUUAAAAUUGAAAUUGAACGAAUUAAUGCGAUGCACGAUGCAAAAAUUGCUCAAAGAGAACAAGAAUUAAAAGAAGCUGAGGCAUUGCAAUUACGUGAAAAUCAUCAAUUGACGCAAAUUCAACAGGAAAUUUUUGUUCCCGAACCGCUUGGCAUUGAAGUCACUGAUUCUGUAAAUGAAGAAAUUGAAAAUGUCCCUUCAACUGAAACUGCAAAUGCACCAGAUAUUGAAUUAUACAAAUUUUUCGACAAGGAAUCAUUGCAAAUAUUUGUCGAAAGCGAUGAACUUAUUAAUAGUUGUAAAGAAAAAUAUGAAAUUUAUAUAAAAAGUAUUGAGGGUAAACAAUUUCGUUCGCAAUCGCAAAAGAAAAUUAUUAAUCCAAUUAAUGCACUCUCAUUGCAGAGUAAAGAAUUUUUUCAAGAUCAAUAUGAAAGAUUGAGAUUUGUAUUAUCUGGUAAUUUAUCAUCGGAUUCAAGAGCCGAUGCUUAUAUUAAAAAUACUCUUGCCAUUCAAAUUAUCAGUCAAGGCGAAAAUGUUGUGUCAAGUAAACCGGAAGCUGCAUAUCCAAUAGCUGCUAUUGCCGUUGCACUGUGGAAUGAAUGGCCUGAAUUUGGUGAUUUAUUAUUGGCAAAUUUUCGUAUUAAAUGUCCAUUUAUUGUACCGGUAUUUUUUCCCCGUCUCACUGGACAAACAGACAUGGAAUAUUAUAAAUCAUUAGGCUAUAAAUAUAAUGAAAAUGGCAUUGUUGAGGAUCAUAUAAAAUUUUUAAAACGUAUCACUGGAUUAAUGAGACUUUAUUCAUCGAUUAUUGUCACAAGACAAAGGCAGGGAAUUAUGAAAAAUCAUCCACAUGGCUUACAAUUUGCAUGGAGAUGGCUCGCUGCAAUGCUUAAUAAUGAACCGCAAACACAAUUCUCGGAUAUUUAUGCAACGUUAAUUGUUGUUGUAUUGGAAGUGACGGGACAUUAUUUAUGGACAGCGUAUCCAAAACAAUUUCCAAAACUUUUGUCAUUAAUGAUAACUGAUUAUUAUCCAAUAAUUAGUAAAAUACGUGGAAUUAAUGACGGUCCAUUAGAUCGUUUAGAGGAAUUUUUAAAACAAUGCCUAACAACAAAAACAAUACCACCACCAAAAGGCGAACUUCCUCCAAAUUAUUGGUAAAAAAAAAAAAUUGAAAAAAAAAAUUGAAAAAAAAAAUUAAAUUUAGAAAAUUGUUAAAUUUAGUCAAAUUGUAUAGAUUUUUCAUUUAUUCAAAAAGCGAAAGCAUAAAAAAAAAGAAAAUUCGUAUUAAUUCAUCAGUUUUACAUUUUGAAAUAUUAUUAAAUUGUUUAAUAAUAAUAAAAAAACAAAAAAUUUUA